AUUCGAAAUGACUAUAUAAAGGAAUCCCUGUUUUCUCAACGACUCUCAACUGUAAUUCGAAACAAUGAACAUUCGCGCCUUCAACCAGCCGCCUCUCGGCCAAUCGCUGCCGGUCGCCGACUCUCCAGACCGCCGGCACCACCGCAUCUCCAAUAGAACCUCCCAAAACAUCAAUCCAAACACUUCUCUCGAAGCCGACACUGCCUCAUGGACUUCCUCCAUAGCUCACCACUGUAAAAACGGCCGUUUAUCGAAAGCGAUCUCGCAAUUCAACCGCAUGCGCACAUCCGAAGUCGAGCCUAAUCACAUCACUUUCAUCACUCUCUUCUCCGGCUGCGCCCAUUUCCCAUCCCAGGGUUCCUUGCUCGGGCCUCCCAUCCAUGGCUACGCGCGAAAAAUGGGGUUGGAUAUUGGUGAUGUGAAGGUCGGGACGGCUCUGAUCGACAUGUAUUCAAAGUUUGGGGAAAUUAGAUCGGCGAGAUUGAGUUUUGAUCAUAUGAUUGUGAGGAAUAAGGUAUCUUGGAACACCAUGAUUAACGGUUACAUGAGGAAUGGCCAAUUUUGGGAUGCAGGCAAGCUAUUCGACGAAAUGCCUGAACGAGACGCUGUUUCUUGGACUGUGUUGAUCGAUGGUUUUGUGAAGAAGGGGAAGUUCGAGGAGGCCUUAGGGUGGUUUCAGGAGAUGCAAUUGGCAGGAACAGAUCCUGACUUCGUGACUAUUGUUUCGGUGCUCUCUGCCGUUGCUAAUAUAGGAACGCUCGGAUUGGGGCUUUGGCUGCAUCGAUUUAUUUCGGAUCAACAAUUUAAGGAUAACAUUAGGGUUAACAAUUCAUUGAUCGAUAUGUAUUGUAGGUGCGGAUGCGUUGAAUUCGCGCGUCAAGUGUUCGACAAAAUGCCUGAACGAAGCUUAGUUUCGUGGAACUCGAUAAUUGUAGGCUUAGCGUGUAAUGCAUAUGCAGAGGAAGCUCUGCAAUACUUCCAUCUGAUGCAGAAAUCAGGGCUUAAACCCGAUGGCGUGAGCUUCACCGGAGCACUCACCGCCUGCAGCCACGCCGGCCUAGUCGAGGAGGGGCUAAAGCUCUUUGAAAAUAUGGCACGAGCUCACAAAAUUACUCCAAGAAUCGAGCACUACGGAUGUGUUGUGGAUCUCUACAGUCGGGCCGGGAGGCUGAGAGAGGCUAUGCGGGUGGUGGAGAGGAUGCCGAUGAAGCCAAACGAGGUUGUGUUCGGCUCUCUGCUUGCGGCGUGCAGGACUUUUGGUGAGAUUGGUUUGGCUGAGACUGUGAUGGAUCGUAUCCACGACAUGGAUCCGAACGGACACUUCAACUACGUGCUGCUGGCGAACAUCUAUGCUUCCACAGGGAGCUGGGGCGGGGCGGGCAAGGUGAGGAGGAAGAUGAAGGAUCGUGGGCUGCAGAAGCAGCCCGGGGUCAGUUUGAUCGAGAUUGAUUGCACCAUUCACGAGUUCGUGGCUGCGGAUAGGUCACAUGCGGAUGCAGAGAAUAUCUUUGCGAUGCUGCAGCAUUUGUCAAAUGAGAUUCGGAUGAAUGUGAGUUCUUGCCAAUUUGACUUCUUGGAAGAUUUUCAUUAAAACAGAAAUUCAGUUAUAUAUAAACAUAGAUUGGUUUGCACAAA